AUGCUCUCCUGGGGCCGAACCCCCAGUGCUGAAGCCACCGGCAGCCAGGCCCGCACGCCUCGUACGCUCGUACUUUGCUUCGACGGCACUUCUAACCAGUUCGACGGCGAGAACACCAACGUCGUCAAAUUCUACUCUCUGCUGAAGAAGGACGACUCGACUCAGCAGCAGCUCUGCUACUAUCAGCCAGGUGUCGGGACUUAUUUCAAUCCCGGAGUCGUCUCCCCACUUUUCCAAUGGUGUGCCAAGAUACUCGACGAAGCCUUCGCAUGGUACUUGGAUGAGCACGUUCGUCAGGGCUACCAGUUCCUGAUGCAGAAUUGGACACCCGGCGACAAGAUCUGUAUCUUCGGAUUCUCGCGUGGCGCGUACACGGCACGAGCUCUGGCUGGAAUUCUGCACAAGAUCGGACUCCUCCCUAAGGACAACCUCGAGCAGAUCCCAUUCGCGUACAACCUCUACAAGAAGACGGAUGAGGCCAGCAUUUCUCUGGCGGCCGGUUUCAAGCAAAGCUUUUGCCGCGAGGUGCAGAUCGAAUUUGUCGGCGUCUGGGAGACGGUCUCGAGCACUGGCGUAAUCAUGAGCCGAACUCUCCCGUUCACGACCACGAACGCGACGAUCAAGACCUUCCGCCAAGCGCUCUCGCUCGACGAGCACCGCGUCAAAUUCCUCCCGAACUUGUACCAUCGAACUGCGACGCCGUCAGACGGGCCCACGUCGUCCAUCAAGCCGAAGGCGCUCCGUCAGAAGAGCCUGAACGCUUUCGUGGGCAAGUUCCCGAAGGCGGCACGCAAGAACGCGACGACGACGGAGAAGCCCAAGGUCCGCGCCGAGCCCGUCGACCUCGAGGCCGCGGCCGCAGCGGCGCCCCCGUCGCACACGAGCGCGGAGGACGCGUCUGCGGAGGCGGCGGACGUCGUGGGCCCCGCGCCCAGGGACGUUGCAGACGCGGGCGCGUGCGACGUGCUCGAGGUGUGGUUCGCGGGCUGCCACUCUGACGUCGGUGGCGGCUCCGUCUCGUCCGACACCGUGCACUCGCUCGCGAACAUCCCGCUCUUCUGGAUGGUGCACCAGGUCGUGCUCGCGCAGUGCGGCAUCGAGUUCGACUCCGCCGCGCUCGCGCGCGUGGGCAUUCCCGAAGCCGUCCUUGCGCCCCCUGGGUCGACGGUCGUGCCCGCGCCCCGCCGCACGCGGCUCGACUCUGAGGCCCCAACCCUGCCGGUGAAGGACCGCGACGCGGCGGGGAACUCAACCGGCCCGAUGGCGGACGCGCUUCAGCCGAUCUUCGACCAGCUGCAGAUAGACAAGGCUUGGUGGCUGCUCGAGGCCAUCCCGCUCACGUACUCGGCGCAGGAUGCCGACGGGACGUGGGUGACGAAGUGGUGGUUCCCUGGACACUAUGGGCAGGGCCGUCAGCUGCCCGCGGCGCCGAAGUUCCACGUGUCUGUCAAGACGCGCAUGGAGGACCCGACUCUCGAGUACGUCCCGCGCGCGGUGUGGACCGCGGGCACCGAGACCUAUGUGGAGUGA